AGUAGACUCUAGUCGCUAGCCUCAAACCAACUCUCUCUACUGUAUCGAUGAAGUUGUUUCAAAGAUGGCGGAUUUCCUGCCGUCCCGGUCCGUUUUAUCGGUAUGUUUUCCAAACUGUCUCCUCACGAGUAACGAGGCAGAACAAUUAAGGAAAUCUAAAGAAAUAGACAAAAGUAUUUCGCGGGAUAAGACGUACGUGAAGCGGCUAGUGAAGAUUCUGCUACUCGGAGCGGGAGAAAGCGGCAAGUCCACUUUCCUGAAGCAGAUGCGCAUCAUCCAUGGGCAGGACUUCGAUCAAAGGGCCAAAGAAGAGUUCAGGGCCACGAUUUUUAGUAAUGUAAUUAAAGGUGUGCGUGUGUUGGUGGAUGCCAGAGAGAAGCUCCACAUCCCGUGGGGAGAGGCGUCCAACCAGGGGCAUGGAGAGACCAUGAUGGCGUUUGACACGCGGUCGGCCAGGAUGGCCCACGGCAUGGUGGAGACCAGGGUCUUCUUGCAGUACCUGCCCUCCAUCCGGGCUCUGUGGGCCGACACGGGCAUCCAGGACGCCUACGACAGGCGCAGGGAGUUCCAGCUGGGGGAAUCUGUGAAGUAUUUCCUGGAUAAUUUGGAAAAGCUGGGACAGCCGGACUACCUGCCGACUCAGCAGGAUAUUCUCCUAGCCCGUAAGCCUACCAAGGGCAUCCAUGAGUACGACUUUGAGAUCAAGAACGUUCCAUUUAAGAUGGUGGACGUGGGGGGUCAAAGGUCGGAAAGAAAGAGAUGGUUUGAGUGUUUUGACUCUGUCACCUCCAUCCUCUUCCUUGUGUCCUCUUCAGAGUAUGACCAGGUGUUGAUGGAGGACCGUCAGACCAACCGUCUCAGCGAGUCUCUCAACAUCUUCGAGACGAUCGUCAACAAUCGGGUCUUCUCCAACGUCUCCAUCAUCCUGUUCCUCAACAAGACAGACCUUCUGGAGGACAAGGUGCGCUCCGUCCCCAUCAAGGACUAUUUCCCAGAGUACCCCGGGGAGCCACACAGCCUGGCCGACGUACAGAGGUUCCUAGUGGACUGUUUCCGGGGGAAGAGGAGGGACGUGACACAGAAGCCCCUGUACCACCACUUCACAACAGCCAUCAACACGGAGAACAUUCGCCUGGUAUUCCGAGACGUCAAGGACACCAUCCUCCACGACAACCUAAAGCAGCUCAUGCUGCAGUGAUCGCAGGGGGGUUAUGACCUUUUGAAGUCACCUUUUGGCCUUUAACCCCCCCGUGACCCCUCACCGUGACCCCCUGACCUGCAAUGAUUGCAGGGCGAUGAACAGAGAGCAACAGAGUUGUAUUGUGCUACACUGUGACAUGUGUCGUGACCUUUUAAGUCACCUUAUGACCCUUGACCUUUAACCCCACAUCUGUCUGUGAGCCCUCACCUUGACCCCCUGACCUCCAGUCACCCCUGGUGCAGGCUGUCACCUAUGACCCUUGACCACUGAACCCUGUUACCACUUCUAAUGGCCUUGUACCUGGCUGUUCUAUCCCGAUUCCCCCCCUCUAAAACCACUGUAAAUGAGCUCUCCCAGUCCCUCCUAUCCUCACACACAAACACACACACCCCUCUCCUCUCUGUAAUGGACUAUUCCAGAGCCGCCUCCUCACACACACCCCUCUCCUCUCUGUAAUGAACUAUUCCAGAGUCUGUACAUAUGUUGAUAUGUUCUGUUCACUCUUAACUCCUGGGUGUAGGAUGAAGUUUCCCUUAGACGCUGAUCUUGGGUCCGUUUUUCAUUUCCCCCACUAAUAGGUAAGGUCAGGAUGGAAGGGGAGGGGAGGGGAAGCUGAUCCUAGAUCUUUUGUGUUCUAUAUUAGUAUAUUCACUCUGUUGGUUCACUCUUAACUGUCACACUGUAACCUGUCUGAGCAGCCCAGACCACUGCUGGAGGUUAGCGGUCACGGGUGAGGGGUCAACUGGCAUUUCUGUGUUGGGGGGUCAAAGGUUGUCUCCCACGGCAACUAGGGAAGAGUGGUGGUAACGCUGUAAAACAAAUUGCAAGAUUGAGGAAGAGUAGGAGGAAGAGGGUGAUGACUCUGUUUUACUGGCGUCAGCCUGUCACUGCACCUCCACUCCCACCACCCACCUGCCUUGAACUGGCUUGAUUCUACGCUUCCUUUUCCCUCGGAGCUUGAUUAUGUCAUCACCGUGGACUCCGACCAUUCUGAGAGCAAAUCAUUCCCCGUGUCACUAUCUGGAUGUGGAACAGAAAAACCAACCGCCAGCGGAGAGCUUGUUUGUUGUUGUUGUUGCAGGGGGGGACGUUAAAGAGUGGGGGACUUUACAGCACUGUACUAAAACUAAUCCUUAAUGAUUCCACAGCCUGAUGAUUACCUACCAAACAGCGCUAUACACACACACACCACCCUUAGAGACUCUGUUCUGACCUGAUCCCUGUCUUAGUCCUGGCCUUACUGUUUGGAACUUUAGUUUUUUUGAUCAGUUUAAUUUCUUUGGAUUUUCCGCCUAGUUUUUUUUAACAUAAAUAGAUGUAUUAUGAAUAUAUGUACCUAAACAUUCUCUUAAGUUAUAUUUGAAAGGUUUUACUGCUGAUGGACAGUGUUAAAGGCUAUGGAAGAGGGUCUGAGCACAGACACAGACAUACCACUCAGACCAGUCGAUAAACUACUGAGCUGAUUCUCAGGACACAUUGUGGACCACUUAUUUGUGUAUUUAGACCAAUGAUAUUCACUUGCCUAAGUCCUGACACACAGGUACAGGCAGCUGUCCAUCAGAGGCUGGUAGUCUAAACAACUUGCCGGCUGGUGAUACCCCUCUUCCAGUCCUCCUUUUUUCUCUGUCUGUCUGGCUCUCUGUCUGUCUGGCUGUCUGUGUGUGUGUGUGUGUGUGUGUGUGUGUGUGUGUGUAAGCAAGUGAUCCGCCUUGUAAACCCUGUGGAGUCUCAUCCUAUAGGGAAGAGACAGUGAUCAGCCUUGUAAACCCUGUGGAGUCUCAUCCUAGAGGGAAGAGAACGUGAUCAGCCUUGUAAACCCUGUGGAGUCUCAUCCUAUAGGGAAGAGACAGUGAUCAGCCUUGUAAACCCUGUGGAGUCUCAUCCUAGAGGGAAGAGAACGUGAUCAGCCUUGUAAACCCUGUGGAGUCUCAUCCUAGAGGGAAGAGAACGUGAUCAGCCUUGUAAACCCUGUGGAGUCUCAUCCUAGAGGGAAGAGAACGUGAUCAGCCUUGUAAACCCUGUGGAGUCUCAUCCUAUAGGGAAGAGACAGUGAUCAGCCUUGUAAACCCUGUGGAGUCUCAUCCUAGAGGGAAGAGACAGUGAUCAGCCUUGUAAACCUUGUGGAGUCUCAUCCUAGAGGGAAGAGACAGUGAUCAGCCUUGUAAACCCUGUGGAGUCUCAUCCUAGAGGGAAGAGACAGUGAUCAGCCUUGUAAACCCUGUGGAGUCUCAUCCUAGAGGGAAGAGACUGUGAUCAGCCUUGUAAACCCUGUGGAGUCUCAUCCUAGAGGGAAGAGACAGUGAUCAGCCUUGUAAACCUUGUGGAGUCUCAUCCUAGAGGGAAGAGACAGUGAUCAGCCUUGUAAACCCUGUGGAGUCUCAUCCUAGAGGGAAGAGACUGUGAUCAGCCUUGUAAACCCUGUGGAGUCUCAUCCUAGAGGGAAGAGACAGUGAUCAGCCUUGUAAACCCUGUGGAGUCUCAUCCUAGAGGGAAGAGACAGUGAUCAGCCUUGUAAACCUUGUGGAGUCUCAUCCUAGAGGGAAGAGACAGUGAUCAGCCUUGUAAACCCUGUGGAGUCUCAUCCUAGAGGGAAGAGACAGUGAUCAGCCUUGUAAACCCUGUGGAGUCUCAUCCUAGAGGGAAGAGACUGUGAUCAGCCUUGUAAACCCUGUGGAGUCUCAUCCUAGAGGGAAGAGACAGUGAUCAGCCUUGUAAACCUUGUGGAGUCUCAUCCUAGACAUACUUUUUCCUGACAGAGAUGAGAGUAAGGGGGAAACUGUGUCAUUUACAUUUACGUCAUUUAGCAGACGCUCUUAUCCAGAGCGACUUACAAAUUGGUGCAUUCACCUUAUAGC